AAGCUCAAGCAAGCAAAGCAUCCAUCCAUGAGUUAUGAGCAGUAGGACUACUAGUACCAGUCUACCACCCUUUAAUAUUCCUCCCCUCCCCAUGCAACUACUACAUCCACAUCCCAUUCAUACACACACACACACACAUGGAUCCAUGCCCAAGUCCAAGGGAGCAAAACAAAAGGAAGGAUGACAUGGGCGGUGACAUUAACUACUGCUCACAGACUGGGGUAGGUAGCUGAGGCGAGGGUGCCACGCCAUUAUAAGCAGCAGCUGAGGUUAGGAGGAGAGACCCGUAGCCAGAUCCAUAGGGUUCUUCAUCCUCCUCCUGCGCAGAUCAAAGCAGCUACCACUCUCAGAUCACAUCAUCGGUCGCAGCUAAGCCCGAUCCGUGCUCACCCAUGGCGUCCUCCAACAAGCACUGGCCGAGCAUGUUCAGGUCCAAUCCUGGUGCCUGCGACGUCCAGUUCCACCACCAGCCUGACAUGAGCAACGCCCACACCAGGCCCUCCUUGAUCUCCUCAGGGCUUGACCAGGAGAACGUGAGGAGCCCGGGGGAGUCGAAGCCGCGGUGGAACCCCCGGCCGGAGCAGAUCAGGAUCCUGGAGGGGAUCUUCAACUCCGGCGUCGUCAACCCUCCGCGCGACGAGAUCCGCCGCAUCCGCCUCCGUCUGCAGGAGUAUGGCCAUGUGGCCGACGCCAACGUCUUCUACUGGUUCCAGAACCGCAAGUCCCGCACCAAGUACAGGCUGCGCGCCGCCGCGGCCGCAGCCGCUGCCCAGGGCCAACAGCCUACCGGCGGCCGCGCCGCCGUGACGCGCGCGUCCCUGGCGGCCAGGACGCCUGCACCGGCUCCCGUGACGCCGCCGAGGCGUUUCCUCGCGCCGUCUGGCACGCUCCAGGCGCCGACGUCCUCGUCGUCAUCCUCCUCCGACCGAUCCUCCGGAUCCAGCAGGUCGGUGGUCAUGAAGACGACGGCCAUGGCGUCUGCCGCGGCCGCAUCCCUCUCCCAGCCGAUGCUGCCGCUGUCGACCGCCGCCAUCGACCUGUUCGCCCCGGCACCGCCACUGGCACCGUCGCCUGGGCUCUCCGCGUGCCAGCUCUACUACCAGCUGCAGAACCAUCCCAUGACGUCCAUGCCGACGCAGACGCCGGUGCGCGAGCUUGUCACCUCCACCCCGGAGCCGCCGCCGCUCCUCCUGCAGAGGCCGCCGCAGAGCCAGUGCCAGUACUUGCCGGCCACCGAGCUCGGCGGCUUCCUCGGCUCGCAUGCGCAGUCCCACACGCAUCCGACGGCGGUCUCCCCUGACGGGCACCUCCUGUCUGGCCUCUUCACCGACUCGGCGUUAGGGCAGCACGAGAUAGUCGCCGACAUGAGCUGCUCCAAGCUUCUCGGGCUCGGCGGCGGCGGCCAGUACUGCUACUACAACGUCGCGGCGGCUCCACCCUCCGACGCAGUGAGCGCCGUGAUUAAGGACGACGAGAAGGCCAGGCUGGGGUUACUGCACCAGCACCACUACGGCCUCGGCGCCACCGCCGGCGCAGACGUCAGUGCGGCCGCCCUCCCAUGCACUCCGCCGAGCGGCAACGCGGCCGCAAGCUCUGCAUUCACCGACCAUCUGCAAGGGCUGCUGGACGCCGGGAUGCUGGCCGGAGGAGGCGCGGCGACGGUGGUGGCGGUGCCCGCCGGGCGGCCGGACGCCCCCGUGCAAUGCUACACCGUGCCGGCGAUGGCGCGCAUGGACGUGAAGGCUCUGUUCGGCCCGGCGGCCGUGCUGCUCUGGCAGACCGGCGAGGCCGUCCCCGUCGACGGGUCCGGUGUCACCGCCGAGCCCCUCCAAAACGGCGCCAUCUACUACGUCCUGAUGUGAGUGACCCGCUGAAGAUCGAUCGCCGAUGCUGUGUACGUCUUGGGUCAAGGGCGCCGCGCGGGAGAAUUCUGGCAAGGCGAAUUAUAGUUAUCAUUUCUACCUAGUUGCUACUCCUACAAGGGAAACAAGUCCUUAUAUAUAUAUAUAUAUAGCUAGCUUCAGUCAGUAUGUCGAUCUA